UCGAUACAAGACAUGCUUUUGGACGGUAUCAUUGUCCGCGAUGGGCCCGCGCCGCUCGCCAAGCUUCAUGGCGCACCGUACUUUUUCCUGACGAUGGUCGUCAUGCAAUAUGCCCACUUUGUGCUGCUUCCGCACUACGGCGUCGCUGGCUUUAGCAUGUACAUGCUCAUCGCUAUUCCCAUGUUGACGCUUGAUGGCCUCGUCUCCAACAGUUUUGGCAAGAACGUUGUGAAUCUCCGCGCCCACGGCUUCUCUGACGCCACGACGGUGGCGACAAUGCUGUUCAACACGGUGGUGUCUCAGUUCUUGACGUUCGUCGUCGUGUACUACAUGGGCACGCCUGACGCGCUUGCUGGUCUUCUGCACCCUUCGUCCUACUCGCCUUGGAUUGCCGCUGCGAUCGCCAUCAACCUUGCGCUCACCGAGGCGCUCUUCUUCGCGGCCCACAAGCUCCUCCACGAAGUGUGGCCGCACGUGCACGUGAUGCACCACUGCUGCCUGCACUCGUCGCACUCAACCAACGCCAUUUUCCACCCGCUGGAUUUAGCAUUCGAGUUUGGCGGCCCCGGCACCGUCGUUUUCGCGAUGCACUUUUUCGUUUGGGAGCAGAAUCGCACGGUGCUUCUCGCAACGUACCUCAUUGUCCAAACGUACUAUGCGAUCGACCACAGCGAGUGGCUCCAGACGUACCACUACAAGCACCACGCACAGAUCAACGCGGUGUACACGAUUUACGUCAACCAUCGGUCGUCCCCGCAGCUUGAUCAAGUGCGCAGCCUCGUCAACAAGCCGCUUAAGAGCAUAAACUGA